GGCGGUGCUGCUGCUGCUGCUGUCACAGAAAGGCGCUGGGGGGGUGGGGUGGAGGCGGGGAAGCGCCAGGGGCGCCGCCGAUAUGGGCCCGCCGCCGCCGCAGUGAGCAGUCUCCGUCCCAGGCGGGGCGGCCAGUGUGGGUGGGGGCAGUGCGACCCUCCGGCUGGGGGGCAGCGGACUUCGAGGCCAGCGUGAGGGGGCGGGGACGGGCUGCCCCACACCGACAUGUAACCAUGGACUGCAGGACCAAGGAAAAUCCAGAAAGAACCUUUGAUUUGGUGUUGAAAGUGAAAUGCCAUGCUUCUGAAAAUGAAGACCCUGUGGUAUUGUGGAAGUUUCCAGAGGACUUUGGAGACCAGGAAGUACUACAGAGUGUGCCAAAGUUCUGUUUCCCCUUUGACGUUGAAAGGGUGUCUCAAAAUCAAGUCGGACAGCACUUUACCUUUGUACUGACAGACAUUGAAAGUAAACAGAGAUUUGGAUUCUGCAGACUCACAUCAGGAGGCAAAAUUUGUUUAUGCAUCCUUAGUUACCUGCCAUGGUUUGAAGUGUAUUACAAGCUUUUAAAUGCUCUGGCAGAUUACUUGGCUAAGGAACUGGAAAGUGAUUUGAAUGAAACCCUUAAGUCACUCUAUAAUCAUCCAGUACCAAAGGCAAAUACUCCUGUCAAUUUAAAUGUGAAUCAAGAGAUAUUUAUUGCCAGUGAGCAAUAUUUGAGAAAUCAGACCACCCUAGCACUGCAUUCCUACUUCAUUGCCCCUGAUGUAACUGGACUUCCAACAAUACCUGAAAGUAGAAAUCUUACAGAAUAUUUUGUUGCUGUGGAUGUGAACAAUAUGCUGCAACUGUAUGCCAGUAUGCUGCAUGAAAGGCGCAUCAUUAUUACCUCUAGCAAACUAAGCACUUUAACUGCCUGUCUCCAUGGAUCAGCUGCUCUGCUUUACCCAAUGUACUGGCAACACAUAUACAUCCCAGUGCUUCCUUCACACCUGCUGGACUACUGCUGUGCCCCAAUGCCAUACCUGAUUGGAAUACACUCCAGCCUCAUAGAGAGGGUGAAAAAUAAAUCAUUGGAAGAUGUGGUUAUGUUAAAUGUUGACACAAACACUUUAGAAUCACCGUUUAAUGACUUGAGCAACCUACCAAGUGAUGUGGUCUCGGCCUUGAAAAAUAAACUGAAGAAGCAGUCUACAGCUACGGGUGAUGGAGUAGCUAGGGCCUUCCUUAGGGCACAGGCAGCUUUGUUUGGAUCCUACAGAGAUGCACUGAGAUACAAACCUGGUGAGCCCAUCACUUUCUGUGAGGAGAGUUUUGUGAAGCACCGCUCAAGUCUGAUGAAACAUUUCUUGGAAACAGCAGUUAACCUGCAACUUUUUAAGCAGUUCAUUGAUGGUCGCCUGGCAAAGCUAAAUUCAGGAAAGGGUUUCUCGGAUGCAUUUGAAGAAGAGAUUACUUCAGGUGGCUUUUGUGGAGGGAGCCCAAGGUCAUAUCACCAAUGGAUGCAUACAGUCAAGAAAGGAGGUGCGCUGUUUAACACAGCAAUGACCAAAGCAACCCCUGCUGUGAGAACAGCAUAUAAAUUUGCAAAAAAUCAUGCAAAGCAGGGAAUUAAGGAAGUGAAGAAUAAGCUAAAACACAAGGAAAAUGAGGAAGAUUAUGGGGCCUGUUCUGGUUCUGUACAAUAUACUCCAGUCUACACAUUACACAAUCAAAAGGAAAAGCACCUAGAAAAGCAUAAGCUUGUUCAGGCCCGAUAUAAAAGGCCUCUGAAGAGCCUUGAUAGUGCCCUGUAUGAUGACGAUGAUGAGGACGUCGAAAGAGCAAGCAAAUUAUCUUCUGAAGAUGGUGAAGAAACGUCUACUUAUUUUUAUGAAAGUGACGACUCUAUUGAAACAAGAGCAAAGACUCCUUACUCAGCUGAAAUGGACUUACUAGGAGAGAUUCUUGAUACACUGAGCACACACAGCUCAGAUCAAGGAAAGCUCGCAGCUGCAAGGAGCUUGGAUUUCUUUAGAUCAAUGGACGAUAUUGAUUACAAACCUACGAACAAAUCCAAUGCUCCGAGUGAGAACAAUCUGGCCAUACUUUGUGGUGGUUCUGGUGACCAGGUGGAGUGGAAUCUCGGUCAGGAUGACAGUGUCCUCCAUGGCAAACAUCUUCCUCCUUCUCCCAGGAAGCGGGUUUCCUCUAGUGGUAUCACAGACGCACUGUUUAUCCUGAAAGAGGAAAACAGUGAAAAACCUGUCAGUGCCGACAGUGUGAAUAACGGCCCUGUAGUGGUGGAAAAGUCACCUUCAGCUUCAGGACUGCAUUUCCAGAUAGCAUCUCCUACAGUUUCCCAGGCUGACCAAGGAAAAAUAGAAAAAAAGAAAGAAACACUAAGUGAGAGUUCAGACGAUCUGUUUAUACCCAGCCUGAAGCGAAUCCCAUCUACGUCUGUUCCUUGGGAAAAAGAAGGAAAGGAAACCCAAGAGACUCCAGAAGACAUUGGACUGCUUCGUGAAGUAGUGUCAUUAUGUCACAUGACAUCUGCCUUCCAACAAGGUUUAAACAUUUCAGAGGAAAAGAGAAGUGGAAACCAAGUCUAA